AUGAAGUACUUGUGGGAUAGACCGGACGUCAGGAACAUGCGCUGGGGAAUAGUAGUAUUGUUGGCAGCAGCUCUGGCAGGAGCUCUAGCGCAGUCGCAAGAUUCUGUUGCUGAAUUACAACGCCCUCCACUGAUAAAAUGCAAAGAAAACGAAGUAUACAACCCGUGUAGUAUUAUAUGUCCCCCUCAAACGUGUGAGUCCAUAUACACCGACUACGAUUGCCGUGGCGCGACGAAAUGCGUGCCCGGCUGCGACUGCAUCUCCGAGUACUUGAGGAACGGAACGGCAAAGGACCCCUGUAUACCUAGCCACCUGUGCCCACCCCCGCGACCAGUAUGCGGCAUCAACGAACAUUAUGAAACAAACGGAAUCAAGUGCGAGCUGACUUGCAAGAACUACCACUUGGAACCAAUAAUGGGUCAUUGUCAGCCAACCAGCGCCUGCUUUUGCGAUGAUGGCUACGUCAGAAACUCUAAUGGAUUGUGCAUUCUAAAGAAGAAAUGCCCUCAAAAUUUGGUUUGCCCGCCGAACGAAAUGGUGUCCGAAUGUUACAACAGCUGCCUCAUGACCUGCAAGACCAGACUCCGGAGCGACGGUAGAAUGUGCCACCUGGCCUGCAUCGAGACCGGCUGCGUUUGCAAGGAAGGCUACCUGAGGCACGACAAUGGCACUUGUGUUCCCAUCAGCCAGUGCUCGCCACCUCGCUGCAAUGACAAUGAAACCUACUCGAAGUGCGGUACCGCGUGUCCCCCGACUUGUCAGAACAGAGGCGACAAUUGCACUGUCUGCACUAAACAGUGCGUCGAGGAUUGCUUCUGCAACAAGGGCCUCGUGCGCGCUGAUGACGGCAGCUGCAUCAAGCCUAAAGACUGCCCACCUCGCGUCUGUGGUUCUAACGAAGCACUGGACCCAUGCCCCCCUACGUGUCCUCCUACGGAUGGCUGCUCGAACAUAUGGUCGAAGUUUAACUGCACCAACGCUAUCAAGUGCUGCAAGCCUCAGUGUCGUUGCAACCCUGGCUACCUCAGAAAGAAUACAGUCUGCGUCCCUAUCAAACAAUGUUUAAAUAAUGUGUCCGAAUGUUACAACAGCUGCCUCAUGACCUGCAAGACCAGACUCCGGAGCGACGGUAGAAUGUGCCACUUGGCCUGCAUCGAGACCGGCUGCGUUUGCAAGGAAGGCUACCUGAGGCACGACAAUGGCACUUGUGUUCCCAUCAGCCAGUGCUCGCCACCUCGCUGCAAUGACAAUGAAACCUACUCGAAGUGCGGUACCGCGUGUCCCCCGACUUGUCAGAACAGAGGCGACAAUUGCACUGUCUGCACUAAACAGUGCGUCGAGGAUUGCUUCUGCAACAAGGGCCUCGUGCGCGCUGAUGACGGCAGCUGCAUCAAGCCUAAAGACUGCCCACCUCGCGUCUGUGGUUCUAACGAAGCACUGGACCCAUGCCCCCCUACGUGUCCUCCUACGGAUGGCUGCUCGAACAUAUGGUCGAAGUUUAACUGCACCAACGCUAUCAAGUGCUGCAAGCCUCAGUGUCGUUGCAACCCUGGCUACCUCAGAAAGAAUACAGUCUGCGUCCCUGUUAAACAGUGUUUAAAUAAUUAAGGAUCGAUCACACUG